UUGGAGUUUACCACUCAUCAAAGCAGGAAUUGCAAUUAUUUUAUGAAACGUGUUGCUUCUGCAAUAAUGGAGCAAAAUCAAAUUGAAGAUGACUCCGAGAAAGCAGAAUCUCCUCUAAAACCUGAAGAAGUCGCUGCAAUUGCUGUUAGUGAUGGAGUUGUGUUGGAGGAAGAAGUCAUUCAUGAGCAACAACCCCCACCACAAUACCAAAAUCUGAUUAUCCAACACAUGGACAUAGCAGAACCUCUCUCUACUCUUAAACGGCUUCUUGAAAUACGAUUACAAUGUUCUUUAGCAGAACACAAUUUUUAUUUACAGGAUACUAUUUUGCUGGAUAGCAGUAAAAGUUUGGUUGAUCAGUGUGUUCAAGGUGAAGGAAUGGUCCAGAUAAAUCUAGAAGUUAAGUCACAACCAGGAACAAAGCCCAAAAUAAAUAUUUUGGAUAUUCUGAAACCUGCUGAAGAAGUUAUUAUACCUCCUAAUCUCCCUGACCCUGCAGUGGCUACAACUCAAACAAUCCAACCACAAGCCACAAAAGUAGUCAUUCCAUUACCUGAGGAAUCAGAAAAUGUCACAAGAUGGAUUGUUGAUCAAAAUUUCCGAAGAGAACAAGAAAGAUUGAAGAUUCCUCAUGAUCCGUGUCAGUGGUCUGAAGUUCAUGUACGUCAUUGGAUUCAAUGGGCUGUACGAGAAUUUCAGUUAGAAGGUGUAGAUAUAAAUCAAUUCCGGUUAAACGGCAAACAGUUGUGUGACUUACAACAUGAUGACUUUGUCAAGUACAUCCCAUUUGACAGAAAUGAUAUUUUCUGGACACACCUUGAACUCCUGAGAAAGUGUAAAUUUGUUGCUGUUCUCCAGCAGCCCACUCCUCAUGCCAUCACAACUAUUACAGUGUCAACUUCUGAUGGACAUUCCGGUGGGAAAAUCCUUAGCAAAACACCACGGCCUCGUUUCCCAAGGAUUACAGGAGAAGAACGGAUUACACCAGGUAACAGAACAGGUAAUAAUGGUCAGAUCCAGUUGUGGCAAUUUUUACUUGAACUCUUAACAGACAAAGAAUAUCGUGACAUCAUUCAGUGGGUAGGUGAUGAUGGAGAGUUUAAAUUACACAAUCCUGAAAUGGUGGCACAGCUGUGGGGCCAGAGAAAAAAUAAACCGACAAUGAAUUAUGAAAAAUUGAGUAGAGCCUUAAGAUAUUACUAUGAUGGUGACAUGAUUGCUAAGGUUCAUGGAAAACGUUUUGUGUACAGAUUUGUUUGUGACCUGAAAAUGUUACUUGGUUAUUCAUCCCGUGAAUUAAGCAAAUUGAUUCCCCAGAGCUGUGAUAAAAAAGUGCAACACAUCGAAUUAGUGCCACAGUGUCUCGAGAAAAAAUUACAGCAAUUGCCAGAUGAACCUCUCUUGACGACCAUUACAAUGAAACGGGUGGAUCAAAAAACACAGACUGUCUAA